CCUCUCUUUUCCAAAUGAACCAGAGCACUUCAGCCACUACCUCAAGGUUGGGUGUAUUAGGUAAGUCACUCUUGUAGUUUAGAAGCCAUCGAUCUAUGCUGGUGAGACCUUCUCUCUGUAUCCGUAUGCGUAGAUUUUGGUCUGACCAUACUUCAGUUGUCCAGGGACAGAGUAGGAACAAGUGUUCUGCUGUUUCUGGGCUUGUUCUGCACAAAGGGCACAUCGGGUCAGGCAUGGAGGAACAGUUCAUUUUCAGGGUUCCACCUUCUGUUGCUGAGCGAAUAGAACUACUAUUGAAUGAAGAUGCAUCUACUUCUGAUGACAAGGUGUUAGAUUUAUCUUUCUCUGAGGAUGGGAGGACUGGAACUUUUGUCAUUGGAAAUGACCAUUUCACUGCCUCUCUGAUGGAUCUACCAACUGUUGUGGAGUCUUACAAAACCUAUGAUGAUACUAAUCUGAUUAAAACUGCAGACAUUGGUCAGAUGAUAAUGGUCAGAGAACCAGGAGAUCCUUCCCCAGAUGUGGUGGAGUACAGACAUGGUCUGACUCCUCCUAUGAGGGAUGCACGCAAGAGAAGAUUCCGUAGAGAACCUGACCUAAAUCCUGAGCUUGUGCAGCGUGUUGAAAAGGAUCUGUUGAACAUCAUGGCUGGUGGGACAGCAGAAAAUGCUGAUGUGGACAUGGCUGAGCAAGAGGAAGACGGAGAUGAAAAUUCCCGCAAACCAGGCAGGAAGACUGCUCCUAAGCCCACUGCAAAACCCAAAGUGCCAGAGGCUGAGACUAAUGCGGCGGAACCUGAAAGAAGUGAUUCUGAUGAAUCUGACGAAUCGGGCUAAUUUAAAUAUUUCUGUUUUCUCUUGCUAGAUAGUGAGGUCUCAACUAGUUCUGAGAGAGGUGGGACUGUUCGCAGCGACAUAUAUAGUUACCGCAGAAUGGUGGCUGUCGCCCUUGUUCAUUGCUAUAACGUCAAACUAGUUAUACAAAUGUUGGGGGAUGGGCAUCUCGUGGUAAUUAUGGCAUGUUAGGCUCCAAGUCUGUUCGCCUAUGGUGUUACGUAGAAAUGUAAUUAUCUUGAAUAUAUUGACUAUUUCUUUAUAUUUCGAUUGCCUGUAAUGGAUAAAAGAAACAUCUUGUUCUUUCUUUA